UAAAGUACAAUAAGCUCCCAUCACUUGACCUAGCUUUUGAGAUGACUUUUCGCCAAAAAGGAAACCGUGAUCAAGAGAAACGAACUCACGUUAACGCUCUAACUUAGAAACAUCUCUUCGUAUAGUUUAUAUUCCGUAUAUAUUCCUCCCACGGUAAACGAUAGGGUUUUCUUUUAACUCCAAUAUUCACUCCAUUAAAAAGCCUUCUUUACUCAACUGCUCUUCCUCUCACUUUCUCUGUCUUUAGCCGCCUCCAUUGACGUUUUCUCGAGGUUCAAUCUGAGAAAUUAAGAAUGUUGGACAUCAAUCUAUUUCGUGUAGAUAAAGGUGGAAACCCUGAAAUCAUCCGCGAAUCUCAACGUCGUCGUUUCGCAGAUGUAGCCAUUGUUGAUGAGAUUAUCGUCCUCGACCAAGAAUGGCGCCGACGUCAAUUUGAGCUAGAGAGCUUGCGCAAGGACUUCAAUAGGAUCAACAAAGAGGUGGCACGCCUGAAAAUUAAAGGUGAGGAUGCAUCUGAAAUGAUCAAAAGCACAGACGAGAAUAAGAAAUCAACUGCAGAGAAAGAUGCUGAAGUUCAGGAAGUUAAGGCUGCAUUGUAUGCCAAAUUGGAAUUGAUUGGGAAUCUGAUUCACGAUUCUGUCCCAGUUAGCAAUGAUGAGGCGAACAAUGCUGUGAUCCGAACAUGGGGUGAAAGGCGAAUGGAACCAAAGUUGAAAAAUCAUGUUGACCUCGUUGAGCUUCUUGGGAUAGUAGAUACGAAGAAAGGCUCCAACGUUGCUGGUGCUAGAGGUUUUUACUUGAAAGGUGAUGGCGUCCUUCUGAAUCAAGCUCUGAUAAAUUUUGGUCUCAGUUUUCUGUCAUCAAAGGGGUAUACACCGUUAAUGACUCCAUUCUUCAUGCGGAAAGAUAUCAUGGCAAAAUGUGCUCAAUUAGCCCAAUUCGACGAAGAACUUUACAAGGUAACUGGUGAGGGGGAUGACAAAUAUUUGAUUGCCACUGCUGAGCAGCCGCUUUGUGCUUUCCACUUGGAUGAUUGGAUUCAUCCCUCCCAACUCCCAAUAAGAUAUGCCGGAUACUCAUCGUGCUUCAGGAAAGAAGCGGGUUCGCAUGGGCGAGAUACUCUUGGAAUUUUCCGAGUUCAUCAGUUUGAGAAAAUUGAACAAUUUUGCAUCACUAGCCCAAAUGGAAAUGAUUCAUGGGAUAUGCACGAGGAGAUGUUAAAAAACUCUGAAGAAUUUUAUCAGCAGCUGGGACUUCCUUAUCAGAUUGUGGCCAUCGUUUCUGGUGCCCUGAAUGACGCAGCAGCAAAGAAGCUUGAUUUGGAAGCUUGGUUUCCUUCAUCUAAUCAAUAUAGAGAGUUGGUGUCAUGUUCAAACUGUACAGACUUCCAGUCAAGGAGAUUGGAGAUUCGAUAUGGCCAGAAAAAGAGCAAUGAACAAACAAAGCAAUAUGUCCAUCUGCUGAAUUCAACUCUGACAGCAACUGAAAGAACCUUGUGCUGUAUUCUGGAGAACUACCAGAAGGAAGAUGGAGUCGAAAUACCAGAAGUUUUAAGACCAUUCAUGUAUGGGAAGACCUUCUUGCCUUUCCAGAGCAAACCCGCCCCAGAAGCAAAGGGAAAGAAGUCUAAAGCUUAAGCCUUAAUGUAUGUCUUACCAAUAGAGAAAUUGUAAACUUUAAUACUAGCAGGUUUUUAAAAGUAGGUUGAGAUGCUCUGCAACUUGCACAAAGAUUCAACGAGGUAUACGACGUCUUGUUUUGCUGUUGCUCGUAAUUUUUGUUGGAUUUGUCGUCUUGAUUUUAUCUUAACGGACAAAUUGUCACAUUGUAGUGGAAUACACCAUAAUUUUUAGUCGUACCCUUUGGCUUUAAUGCAGUUCUUAUCUUUAUUAUCUUGA